CUAACAUCAUGCACGGUCUGCAAAAACUUCUACUGUUCCAUCUUCUUGCAUGCCUCGGGCAUGGAAGUGUUAUUAUACAUGGGGAAAAGGCAGCAGAGAACUCAAUGCUUUAUAUGGCCUCAGUGCAGAACAAACAUGGUCAUAAAUGCGGAGGAUUUCUCAUCGCUGAAGACUUUGUGGUCACCGCUGCACACUGUAACGAUGGGAGCCUUACACACGUUGUUCUUGGAAGCCACAAUCUCAACGACCAUCAUGAAAAAAUAAAGAUUAAAGAAUCCAUCAAGUUUGAAAAUUAUAGAGAUGUUCAAUAUGGUGAUGACAUCAUGCUCCUUAAAUUAUCUGGGAAAGUUCAACUAGACGGCACAGCACAGAUAAUUCAGCUUCCACAUGCUGAAAUAAAACUACAAGAAAAUGAAGUGUGCCAGGUGGCUGGAUGGGGUUUGACUGAAAAUAACACUCGACCUAAUGAGCUGAGAGUGGUGGACGUUUCUGUCAUUCAACAUCAAAUCUGUAAGGAAAAAUGGCCUAAUCUUCCAGAAAAUGCUAUCUGUGCAGGUGGCUAUGGAACAAAUAAAGGAUUCUGCCAGGGAGAUUCCGGUGGUCCUCUGGUCUGCAACGGGUUCGCAGUUGGUGUUGUUUCUUUCAACAGAAAUUUAAACUGCAAAUACCCAGAUGUACCCAAUGUCUAUACGGACAUCUCAAAAUACCGUCAAUGGAUCGACAAGACUCUCAGAGGUGUAAUUUAA